ACUUGACACUUGACGUUUUCGACGUUUCAAUUCAUUAAUAUUAAUAAUCAAAUUGAACUAGUUCGUUUAAGCUAGUAAAAUAUUAAUCUAGUUCAUUCUAUAAUGAGUUGCCUUAGUGAUUUAUCGCAAUCUAGUGAAUAUUUAAGUUUUCGAAGUAGUAUUCCUUUACGAAAAAUAGCUGUUGAUAUAGAAGGCUCCAAGACAUGGAAAAUAUUUGAUAGUGGUCCAAAAUCUGUUAAUUGCCCCCUUGUAUGUUUACCACCAGUCUCGGGGACUGCUGACAUUUUUUAUAAACAAAUAAUGGGUCUGACAACAAGAGGUAUUCGCGUAAUAGCAGCUGAGCCUCCACCUUAUUGGAACUUGAAAGAAUGGUGUGAUGGCUUCAAACGACUUAUAGAUUACAUGGAAUUAGAUAGAGUACAUAUAUUUGGAGCAUCUCUGGGUGGUUUCAUAGGGCAAAAGUUUACAGAAUUAACAAAAAAUUGUCCUCGUGUUGCAUCUAUAAUAUUAUGCAACUCAUUUACUGAUACAUCUAUUUUUGAAUACGACGAUUCAGCAGUUCUUUUUUGGCUUCUGCCAUCCUUAGUCUUGAAGAGAAUGUUAAUGGGAAACUUUACGGCAGACAAAGUGGAUAAAAGAAUAGCAGAAUCCAUUGAUUUUAUGGUUGAAAGACUAGAAUCACUUACGCAAACAGAGCUAGCAUCAAGAUUAACACUUAAUUGCAUGCCAUGUUAUGUUCAACCUCAGUUGCUAAGUGACCUGCCUAUAACAAUAAUGGAUGUUUGGGAUGAAAGUGCUCUAAGUUCAAGAGUUCGCGAAGAUCUAUAUAAGUCAUACCCUCAUGCUAAACUCGCUCAUUUGAAGAGUGGAGGUAAUUUCCCUUAUUUGAGUAGAAGUGAUGAAGUCAAUUUGCAUUUACUGAUUCAUCUGAGACAAUUUGAUGGCACUGACUGCACUGCAUCAUAUAUUAGUCUUCAUAAAGUAGGAGCUCCACAAGGGCAGCCUGAGGAGGGUAGUGUGAGCUACUUCAAUCAAAAAGACAAAUUUGUUAAGAUAACAUAGAUGAAUGUAAUCAAAUCAUUCCAUUUUUGAAACAUUCCUCAAUAAAUAAUUUUAUUUUGCAUUUAAAAUCACACAUGAAUUAUAUUAUAUAAAAUAUAUUAUUAUAUUGUUAUGGUUUAAUAAACCAUUUUUAUAUGAACUUAGACAAUAAGGACUAUUGAAAAAAUUUAUCUCAUAAGGAGCUAUAAAAAUUGUAUAGACAACAUACAUAGUAUGUAAAUUAAAAUAAGACAAUUAUAAUAUGGUGCGGAUUCUUUUACAUGCAAUCUCUUAAGACUAAUGACAUAUUUAGAAUUACAUGAUUGAAUAUUGUAUGUAAAGGUUACAUCAAAAUUAUUAAAAAAAAAACUU